AUGUCCGAGACGGCGCCCGAAGCCCCCGCGGCCGCUGCGCCGGCAGCCAAGGCGCCGGCAGCCAAGAAGGCCAAGAAGCCCGCGGUCGCCGCCGCCAAGCCGCGCAAGGCUGCGGGGCCCAGCGUCACCGAGCUGCUGACCAAGGCGGUGGCCGCCUCGAAGGAGCGCAACGGGGUGUCCCUGGCGGCGCUCAAGAAGGCCCUGGCGGCGGCCGGCUACGACGUGGAGAAGAACAACAGCCGCAUCAAGCUGGGGCUGAAGAGCCUGGUGGGCAAAGGCACGCUGGUGCAGACCAAGGGCACGGGCGCCUCGGGCUCCUUCAAGCUCAACAAGAAGCAGCAGGAAGGCAAGGACAAGGCGCCGGCCAAGAAGAAGCCGGCCGUCAAGGGCAAGAAGCCCGCCGCCAAGAAGCCGGCCGCCGCCGCCGCCAAGAAGGCGCUCAAGAAGCCCGCCGCCAAGAAGAGCCCCAAGAAGGCCGUCAAGAAGCCGGCCGCGGGGGCCAAGAAGGCGGCCAAGAGCCCCAAGAAGGCCAAGCCCGCCAAACCCAAAAAGGCGGUUAAAAGCCCCGCCAAAGCCAAGGCGGUGAAGGCGAAGGCCAAGCCCGCCAAGCCCAAGACUCCCAAAGCGAAGGUGGCCAAGCCCAAGAAGGGGGCGGCCAAAAAGAAGUGA